GCCGCACACGUCAUCACGCUGCGCUAUGCCGCUUCACGACCUGACGAUGCUGAUAGCAGCCGCAUCCUUCUUGUGCUUCUUAUGUGUGUGUGUUCGCUUCCGACGGCCGGGACAAGCCUUGUGGAGGACGUUGGUGAGCGAGAUAAUGGCCCGCACGGAGAAGCCCCUGUUCCGGAUCGCGUACACACUCUACACCAGGACCAGACUUGGCUACAUGUACUACAAGAGGCAAAUGAGAAAAGCCAGGGAGCGUUACCCUGCUGGACAUUCCACAGCUCAACCCAUGGACUUCAAUGGUAUGAAAAUUAUUCCCAUCUCAGUACUGUCAGACAACUACAGCUAUCUCGUGAUUGACACCGCCUCCAGUGUUGCAGUAGCUGUGGACCCGGCAGACCCUCAAACGGUUCAGGCAGCCCUGGAGGAAGAGGGAGUGAUGUUGGAAGCAAUACUGUGCACACACAAGCAUUGGGAUCACAGUGGGGGAAACAAAGGGUUGAAAAAGCUUCACGGCUCAUGCCGAGUGUAUGGAAACGCAGCUGAUAACAUUCCUAGCCUCACGCACCCUCUCUCACACAAGGACUGUGUAACAGUUGGCCGCAUGCACUUUAAGGCACUCUUCACUCCUGGGCACACGGUGGGCCACAUGAUCUACCUCCUGGACGGCCAAGCGGUCGGCGCCCCAUCCAGCCUCUUCUCUGGUGACCUGGUGUUCCUCUCAGGCUGUGGGAGGAUGUUUGAAGGCAGUUCAACAACAAUGCUGUCAUCUCUGGACACAGUCAGCUCCUUAAGUGAUGAUACGCUAUUGUGGCCCGGUCAUGAGUAUGCAGAAGACAACCUUCUGUUUGCUGCUGAGGUUGAGCCACGCAACGCUGCCAGAGAAAACAAAUAUCAGUGGGUGCUGCAGCAGCGAGGCCAGAAGCUGUGCACGAGUCCCUCUACUAUCGGGGAAGAGAAGCUGUACAAUCCUUUCCUGCGCAGCCACUCCGCUGAGCUCCAUCUGGCCCUCGGCCUCCAGCAGUUCCAGGACGAGGACUGGACCCAGUUCCGGGCUCGGGUGCUGGAGGAGCUGCGGAAACGCAAAGACCUCUACAACAGGAGGUAGCACAACAAGCGAGAACUGAACCACAGGGAACCCAGCAGUGAGCUCGCUGGAAAGUGGUACGAUCGGCAGGAGUAGUGAUAAAACACAAAAGCUGAGCUUUGAGGUGUAGUACUGUAUAAAGGCCUGACCAGUUUUGAAUGUUUAAAGGGCCAUAUUAAGCAAUUAAUUUUUUACCAUUUAUAAACCUGUUUCAUUUCACCACCAGGGACAAAACCACACCUUUUAUUAUUUACAUAAUCCUAAUCAACAAUCCUGACAGAGUGGUGUUCAUUUAUUGCCUCUUCAAUAAAGGGGCAUAAACAACAAAACCUCCCUGUUUUUAAAAGUAGGUAUUACUAGAUUUUUCAUUCCGGGUUGUGAAACACAGGGUGUGUGAGUCUGCGCACUGCGUGGGUUAAUCAGCCACGUUAGGUACUGUAUUGUUUACUCCACAGCUUCAUUUAUUUUUAGCAUUUAAAAAUCUAAAUUUCAUGAAAAUCUCUAUAUUUGAUCCUCUGUUUGGACAUGCACAUGCUACUGAAGAGUAAUUGCCUUCUCCUUUUGGACUUGAGUAUUUUGUUUUCGGAUACUUCUGAAUUGUCAAAUAAGCUGUUAUUAUAAUCAUAGCCACAAAGCGGAAUUUCCAUGUUCAGGUGCUUGUGUGCUCAACAAAAGGAAGAAGCUCAGUAAAAAUUAAAGCAGCGAGAGCGAGUUUCAGGCUUCGCAAAGACGAGAAAAGUAACUUCAGCAAGUGAAAUUCUUUUUUUAAAAGAGUGAGGCCAAUCGCAACUUUGUUUCAUCAUCACAAAGCCUGCAGCAUUUUAGUAAUUUCACGCUCAACGUUCUGCCAUUUGACCCUCCAUCAUUUUUGGGCCUUAAUUACUGCGCCACUAUCUGACCAGUUGGUCCUUCUUUGGAAAGGGAAAAAUGGGAAAUUGUUGGUCCACUUGCCUACUGUAGAUGUGAAUGUGUUUGUCGUAUCUAAGAGACAAUUUUGCUUUAAACUAAACAAAGGGGUUAUUAUCUUUACUUCUUUAUGGUGGAUGUGGUUUGUCUAUUAACCAUUUUGUUUCCCCCUAAGAGUUUUAUCUUAUAAUUCAUGGAAAUUCAAGAAUUUAUCUGCUGGUGAGCCAAAGCCGAACCGCACGUUUUCUACUCGAGACAUUUUUGCUGAGAAUUUGCACAUUUCGAUCUGUAUUUUUCCAGUGUUUGUUGUGGCACUACAUGGACAGCAACAUACUGUACAGAAGGUACAGACUGUUGGUACGUACUGCGUUGCGAUACAUUUAAUAUGACUGAAUUGUUGAAGAGAUAAUUUUAAUUGAUAUGUUUUUGAUAUGUUACUCAUGACUGCCAAAAGUUAAAAUGAUGAUGAUUAAACUUACCAACUGAUGUUGAAUUGAGGUACUCUACACUAUGUUUAGCAAUUAAUUUUAAUUGAUGGUUGAAAUAUGUCAUAUUUAUGUUAAUAUUGUUUCAUUUUCUUUCUGCUAUGAGAAUACCAUUUGACAUUGACGAUCAAAUGAAGAAAUGUUUGUAAACCAAUCUGAAACCAAAAUUAUACCUGUUUUAAUAUAUUGUAGGGUUUAUAAUACUGUGACAGAACAUAGGACAAUUAUUCCAGUGUAAUAAACAUUGUCAUCUGUUGCUGUUUGCAUGUCUUUUUUUUUGGGAAGAGAUUAAACGCAGCCUCUGUUUCAGUGGUGAUGGGUCACAAUGCGAAGUAAUAAACAUUGAAACUUUGGCGAAUACA